CCUAUUUCCGGUCGUGUGACGUAGCUUUGUACCACGGCUGACUGUGAUACCUCAAACACACCAGCCUACAAGUCCAGAGAAGAGCAGAGGAGCAGCAACAGGAGCAGGAGCACCAUGGAGCAGAGCCAGACGAGCCAGCAGACGAGCCCAGACGGCGGCGCAACUAGAAAGAGGGAUGACUACCUGGAAUGGCCGGAGUACUUUAUGGCUGUAGCCUUUCUAUCAGCCCAAAGGAGCAAAGACCCAAGCUCACAGGUGGGCGCGUGUAUAGUCAACCAGGAGAAUAAGAUAGUUGGCAUUGGGUACAAUGGUAUGCCCAAUGGCUGUGAUGAUGACCUGCUACCCUGGUCCCGUUGUGCUGACGACCGGCUUGACACCAAAUACCCUUAUGUGUGCCAUGCAGAGCUGAAUGCCAUUAUGAACAAGAACAGCGCUGAUGUGAAAGGCUGCACCAUCUAUGUGGCUUUGUUCCCCUGCAACGAGUGCGCCAAGCUCAUCAUCCAGGCCGAGAGUCCACAACAGUUCCAGUUCCUUCAGCCAUGGACACAGUAG